AUGAUUGCGACACGAGGAAAACGUACUGAUCUACUUUUAGUUCAACGGCAUGCUUCUCGACCUGGUCAGAGACGACCCAGGCCUCACAGCAUUCUUCUCAACUGGGCCUCGGACGAGCAGAAUACCAAGACAGCCACGGACGCAGUCCCCGGCGACUUUGACGUCGCCCGCAAGCUGGCACCCGGCAGUUCGCGCCAGACACCGCAUGCCACGGCAAACAUCAUGUGGUGGAGCCCGGAACGGCAGACGGGCAGGGGCGUCACCAAGGCAUCAGACAUCUGUUUGUUCGGGCUCUGUAUAUAUGCCCACGGAGGUGGUGAUCUUCUCUUCCUGAACGGGUACAAAGCGCUCGACGCGACGGGCAUGACGCCGGAACAUGAGAUCCUCGCCCGACACCUGGCCUACUUCGGUCCCGUUCCACUAGAACUCCUGGAGCAGGUUGGCCAUGAGACCUCGUGUGAAGCUCUGAAGAGAGCGUCGAGGAUUGCGGAGAUCUCAUUGAGAGAUCAGCCCAGCCUGAGUGUUGAGUAUGGGGGGAAUGAGUUGGGCCUGCGCGGCAAGGACAUGAGUUAUCGCAUGACGAAUCCGGAUCCCGCGACGAGGUUGGCGAUCGACCAAAUCCUGUCGUAUCCGUACUGA